AUGACUACGGCCACAUCGGUACUCGAAUUUAGUGCUCCCGAAAAGUGCGGCCACUGCGCAGGUGGACAUGAAUCACGGGGGGCUGUCCUGUCAGGAGCGGUCGAUGAUUCAAGCCUGAAUGCGCGCUCUGCGGAGGAGACCAUACAACGUGAAACGCUGCCCGCCCAGCAUGACAAGAAAGAGAUGGCAACGAGUGGAGAGGGCAGAGCAAGCACGGAAAUCACUACUGGCGCCGACGCCACCUGGAAGAAAGCAUCAGCAACGAAUUCGCUCAACCAACCCGGGUCUACACCGCCCACGUCAAACUCGGACAACGCGAACGGACCGGCAGGGCUGAGCAAGGGCCCCAGCUGGUCUAGCAGUCAAACCCAUCAGGGAGUCACGAGUUCUCAGGCGCUCGAGACGGCAGCAACAAAGCAAUGCAGUGCAGCACCUCCCACCACGCACGUACGCAUCCCUCACCCUCGAAUCAACGGUGCCACCAUAGCAAACAGUGAACCAUAUAUCCGCUGUCUCUGCGACGGUGAUUGGCAGAGCCUCCUGAAACCUAGGAUUCUGCAGCUGACAACUCAUACUCACGAAUGUUACCACUGCCCAGGAGAAUUCCAUGGGCGUGCCGACGAACUCAGCUCCAGAACCUCGAUUUGUAUUGGGAAAGACACGAAAUCGCCGUGGAUCCAACGCCAGGAUAUCGACGAUACCAGAGGAGCCAGCGGUAUGCAGUGGUAUCCAUCACCGAGAGAAAUGUCGCGCUUGGAAAGAGAGAGAAACAAUGACGUACGAUGGCCUGUCACCCCGCCACGGAGGGGAUGCUGCUGUAAAGAAUAUGGAACGUAUUUACGACGACUGGGCCUGUGA